GUCAGGACAAAAGAGCUUUUCUCCGAGAAUUAAGGAGCUUGAGUCUAUCUUCGAGCCUACUUCUCUGCAUACCUCUGUGGCUUUUGUCUACAAAGAAAAGACCGAUGGACAAAGCAGACAGAGAAGUAAUAGGAGGGCCUGAAGAUACUGUCAAGAACAGGAAAAGAUGAAAAAAUGCAAUUUUUUUUAAGAGAAUGAAAGUUAGGGGUGGCAGCUGCCUGGAAGAAGUCAUUUCAAUAUAAAGAGGCAUUUCUUCUUAAUUGAGAAGGUGCAGAAGAUUGUCGGGCGACAUGGGGAAGCGUGUGGCCAUCGUGGGGGCCGGCGUCAGCGGCCUGGCCGCCAUCCGCAGCUGCCUGGAGGAGGGCCUGGAGCCCACCUGCUUCGAGCGGGGCGAGGACGUCGGGGGGCUGUGGAGGUUCUCGGACCACGCAGAAGAGGGCAGGGCCAGCAUCUACCGCUCAGUCUUCACAAACUCUUCUAAAGAGAUGAUGUGUUUCCCGGACUUCCCAUUUCCUGACCACUUCCCCAACUUCAUGCACCACAGCCAGCUCCAGGAAUACAUCACUGCAUUUGCCAAGGAGAAAAACCUACUGAAAUACAUACAAUUUAAGACACUUGUAUCCAGUGUAACCAAGUGUCAUGAUUUCUCCGUCACCGGCCGGUGGGAUGUUACCACACAGAAGGAUGGAAAGAAAGGAUCAGCCGUCUUCGAUGCUCUGAUGGUUUGCUCUGGACACCACGUGUACCCCAGCUUGCCAAAAGAGUCCUUUCCAGGAAUAAAGCUUUUUAAAGGGAGUUGCUUCCAUAGCCGGGACUACAAGGGGCCAGGAGCUUUUGCGGGGAAGCGAGUCCUGGUGAUCGGCCUGGGGAACUCUGGCUGUGACAUUGCCACGGAGCUCAGCCACACGGCGGAGCAGGUCAUCAUCAGUUCCAGAAGUGGCUCCUGGGUGAUGAGCCGGGUCUGGGACGAUGGCUACCCAUGGGACAUGAUGUCCAUCACCCGAUUUGAAACCUUCCUCAAGAACACGUUACCCACGGCCAUCUCCAACUGGCUUUAUGUGAAGCAAAUGAACGCGAGAUUCAAGCAUGAGAACUACGGCCUGAUGCCUCUGAAUGGAGCCCUGAGGAAGGAGCCCGUCUUCAACGACGAGCUGCCGUCCCGCAUACUGUGCGGCGCUGUGUCCGUCAGGCCCAACGUGAGAGAGUUCACGGAGACGGCCGCCGUGUUCGAGGACGGCACCGUGUUUGAGGGCAUCGACGCUGUCAUCUUUGCCACGGGCUACAAUUUUGCUUACCCGUUCCUCGAUGACUCCAUCAUCAAGAGCAGGAACAACGAGGUCACCUUGUUCAAAGGCGUCUUCCCCCCCCACAUGGAGAAGCCGACCUUGGCUGUGAUUGGCUUUGUCCAGUCCCUUGGGGCUGCCAUCCCCACUGCUGACCUGCAGGCUCGCUGGGCUGCAAAGGUAAUAAAGGGAACUUGCACUUUGCCUUCUGUGAAAGACAUGAUGGCCAAUAUUGAUAAAACAAUGGAGAAAAAGUUCAAAUGGUUCGGCAGCAGCGAGACCAUCCAGAUGGACUAUAUCAGUUACAUGGACGAGCUCACCUCCUUCAUCGGGGCCAAGCCCAGCCUCCCGUGGCUGUUGCUCACGGAUCCCAGGCUGGCCCUGCAGUUCCUCUUUGGCCCCUGCAGCCCUUACCACUUCAGGCUGGUGGGCCCCGGCAAGUGGCCAGGAGCAAGAAACGCCAUCCUGAGCCAGUGGGACCGCACACUGGCGCCCAUGAGGACGCGCGCGGUUGGGACCCCUUGGACGCCCGGCCUGCACGGCCGCUCCACCAGGCUCCUGGCUGCUCUUCUGCUGGCUGGCGCUGCCCUCCUUGUGUUGACCACAUUGGCAUUCCCUGCGGGAUUCUGAAAGCCACUGGCCUGCCUGAGAGGAACAUGGCUAUUUAAAGAUUAAGACCUUCAGCCAACUGCUUCCCCACUCCAGGCACACAUCAGUACAGCAGGUGACCCCCUGGCUUGUGGACGAUCCCCUUUGGGGGGGUCACGCCGUGAUAUGAGGGGAGCACCGACCAUUGCUUUAUCGGUUCCAUGAACAUUUCGUGAUCGGAAACAUGCUCUUAUCUCUAACCUAAGCUACCCCUGAAACAUUUUAAUGUGAUUCCUUAUCUCCUUUAGACAGUGUGUGAAAGACGGACUUCACUCCAAACGAGCAGAUUGAGCAGAAUGGUUAUAAUGGAUAUUCUCAGGUCCUGACAAACGAUGGGCAGGGUCCAGGGAGAGGCUGUCCAUUCUAUUCCACUUCUGUUUUAUGCCACGUCCUCCAGACCACCCCUCCUGCUCCCCAGCCAGGAGUCACAGCAUGAGACCUGGUCUACAGGGAGCGUCAGCAAGAAGUGGCUCAUCUUACAUUCUCAGUAAGGAGACAAGCUUCCCAACAGGCAGGGGCAAGAACAGUAUUAUAACAAUAACAAGGACCAUAUUGAGUAGAGCAUCAUGUACACAUUUUAGCUGAAAGGAAAAUGUGUUUAAAAAUUAAAUAUUUAGGUAUUUACCCUAAGAAUGCAGCAGCUUAGUUUGAAAAAGACAGAUGCACUCCUAUGUUUAUCGCAGCACUAUUUACAAUAGCCAAGAAAUGGAAGCAACCUAAGUGUCCAUCAGUAGAUGAAUGGAUAAAGAAGAUGUGGUACAUACACACAAUGGAAUACUAUUCAGCCAUAAGAAGAAAAGAAAUCCUACCAUUUGCAACAACAUGGAUGGAGCUAGAGGGUAUUAUGCUCAGUGAAGUAAGCCAGGCGGAGAAAGACAAGUACCAAAUGAUUUCACUCAUAUGUGGAGUAUAAGAACACAGAAAAAACUGAAGGAACAAACCAGCAGCAGAAUCACAGAACCCAAGAAUGGACUAACAGUUACCAAAGGGAAAGGGACUGGGGAGGAUGGAUGGGAAGGGAGGGAUAAGGGUGGGAAAAAAGAAAGGGGGCCUUACAAUUAGCAUGUAUAAUGUGGGGGGGCAUGGGGAGGGCUGUGCAACACAGAGCAGACAAGUAGUGAUUCUACAGCAUCUUACUGCGCUGAUGGACAGUGACUGUAAUGGGGUUUGUCGGGGGGACAUGGUGAAGGGGAGAGCCUAGUAAACAUAAUGUUCCUCAUGUAAUUGUAGAUUAAUGAUACCAAAAUUAAAAAAAAAAGAGAGAGAACCAAAAAAAAAAAUUUUCAAAUAUUUAGCCAAAGAUGUGACCAAAGUCCAACACUAACCACCCCUACAGAGUGAACUGAGGCACCACAAUAAAUCUGUAACUGCAUUUUUAGAAGUAUUAUUGCAUUGUAUAAUUAAAAUUUUGGUAAUUAAACCA